AAUAGCGGAAGAAGAGACAAAACAACAACAGCAGCGGCAGCAGCCCUCCGGCUCGGCGACGAUAGUGGACGGAAAAGGCAACAGAGCACUUUAACGAUUAACGUUACCUGUUCGGUAACAGAAAGUACCAGCUGUUCGCGUACGGUUAACACACUCGUUGCUGUUUACAUUUACUAACAACAUGUCGGUGUUUGGUAAGUUGUUCGGCAGCGGUGGUAAGGGUGGGAAAGCGCCGACACCCCAGGAAGCUAUCCAGAAACUCCGAGAGACUGAGGAGAUGUUGGCCAAAAAACAGGAUUUUUUAGAAAAGAAAAUCGACCAGGAGCUCUUGACGGCGAAGAAGAACGGCACGAAAAACAAACGAGCGGCUCUACAGGCCUUGAAAAGGAAAAAGCGGUACGAGAAGCAGCUGGCCCAGAUCGACGGCACGUUGUCUACCAUUGAGUUCCAGAGGGAGGCGCUAGAGAACGCCAACACCAACACAGAAGUGCUCAAGAACAUGGGCUACGCCGCCAAGGCAAUGAAGGCCGCACACGAAAACAUGGACAUAGACAAAGUGGACGAUCUGAUGGCCGACAUCACAGAACAACAAGAAGUGGCUCAAGAAAUCUCAGAUGUCAUUUCCAGGCCGAUCGGUUUCGGAGAUGAGUUUGACGAGGAUGAGCUCAUGGCUGAGCUGGAAGAGCUGGAACAGGAAGAGCUGGACAAAAACCUUCUGGAAAUCGAGGGAACAGAGGACGUCCCUCUACCCAGCGUACCAUCUACAUCACUACCAUCUAGACCAGCCAAGAAGAAGGACGAAGAAGACGAGGACGACAUGGCGGACCUCGAGGCCUGGGCGGCUAACUAAGCUAGCUUGCCCUGCUAGCUAGCUAGUGUCCCUCUCCUGUCUGUCUCUGUGCGACCAGGCUGCUCCCAGACAUCUGGAAGAGAGACAGGGACUAUGGGCUGCUGAGCUGGCUUCAGGCAUGCUGCUCUAUCUUAAAGCCAACGUCCCGAUAUCUAACCAUACCCCAAACCUAAAGUAUGCACUUGUGACUUAAAAUGAAAUGAACCCGGCAUUUUCUCUUCUUUGAUUAAUGUCAACGUAACAUCUAUUUGUUCCAGCUGUACACUCCUCAGUUUCUGAAGGGCAAUAGAGUACGGAGAGCAUAUGUCAUGCCCCAACAGCCUGUGGUUACCAAAAUCAAAGUUGUCUUUUGGAGGACAAAGAGUACGUGAAUGCACAUUUUGGGCAGGAGAGUGCAAGUGCAUACUUCUAGGCAAGGGUGUGUGGAGGAACAGGACGAGGUUUGUUUCUGGGAGGAAUGUGAAGAAUAAACCGAUGCGUGGGGAAAAUAGCAACAACAGAAAGACAACAUGAUUCAGCCAUUUUUCUGCUUCCAGCGUUGUCAUCUCUCUGCUCUUCUACAAUGAUGACGACGACCCAUCUACAGCAUCGCUGCUAAAUCUCAGCAGCAGCAAAAAAAAUAAAUAAAAAGGAUUGAAAGAUGGCAAUGUAGGACUUUCUCAUUGAAACGCUGUCAAACUACAAAAUACAUAUUACACAUUACAGCAGUGGAAACAUCUUGUUAAGGGAGGAUCCAGGGUUCGAUCCUUCUGUCAGCCAUAUCUCCUACUGAAGUGUCUGGGGCAACAUCUGGACCACCAGGCACUCUGGUUCAAUUCCUAAAAUGUCAAUAUAGUAGAGUAUUGUUAAUAAGUCUUUUAUUUCCAUCACUGAACAUGACCAAUGCACCAGUUUCUGGUUUAAACCAAUGGCUUGAAUGCUCAUACUGUAGCCAUUGAAACUUGAAACAGCUGCAUUUGUCAGGUCUUUAAGAAAAUCGCACAUUAAACACAGAUAUGGGAUAUGAAUUUUCAGUAACAAUUCUCCUGUCUGUUAGUGAUAUUUGUCUUAUAGCUAGCAGACGUAUUAUUUAGUUCAAUGAUUCCCAACCUUAUUGGCCUGUGACUCUUUAACAGGAGUCAAUGUGGACAUCUAAUAUGGCUGACAGAGGGCACGUUAUAACACCUUGGAAGGCCUCUGACCCUCAAUUUAAAAUUGCACGUGCCUGACACCUUCCGCGCCUUUUCUGUCCUGUGGUUUAACAGUGAUGUACUCUGAGAAAAUCCUAGAUUGGUUCAACUUAAAGAUUGAUGUGGGUGUGGGUGAGCGUGUGUGGUGUUUUUGUUUUUUCAGCCUUUUGACACAGUGACCUCUUGUGAAUAUUUAGUCAAAUUGAGACGGGUGAGCUGGAUUAUUUUUUUCAUUUGCUCUUGACUCACCUGUACUGCAAAUGUUAUUCAAAACAUGGAGAUACGUGUUGGUUCCAUGUUGGUCUUCAUAAUAAAACUUCAGCUCACUGCCCCCCCCCCCCCCCCCCCCCCCCCUUUAUCAGCAGACACGUUUAUGAAUGGAUGGAUUGGGGUCGGUCCACAAUCAAGUGAACUGAAAUUAAAAAAUCACCUAAGUCUUUAAAUAAAUGAAAUAGUUACUUGAAAGUUGUGCUCAUUUUUGUAACACAAAAUCACCUUAUUUGUGAGUGGGUCAACCCCAGUCCUGAUAUUUAAAGACAAGCAAUUGCAAAGAAACUUCCAACAGAGUUUGCUUUUCUUCUUUUCUGCUUACCUCAAAUAUCACUCACGUUCUAUCUGGCUCUACAGAAACAAUGUGACCUGCAGCCGUGUCGGCUCAGAUGUUCUGUGUGGCCGCCAUCUUGCUCUGUGACUGGGGUUGGAUAGUUUUAUCGUAAUAAAGUUGGGGAGCAGGUAUGG